AUGGCGAAAAAUACUUCCAGCUCUGCGUUCCGAAAAAUUGAUGUGGACCAGUACAAUGAGGACAACUUCAAGGAAGAUGACGCGGAUCAGGCCUCCAGUGGGAUGAUAGUGCCGGAUGAAGCAGAAAUCAACUCACUACUGAAUCAGGGUCGUAAUAUUGAUGCCCUGAAAACAGUUCUCCAGAAUGCGCCGCUGAUGUGCAAAAACCAGCAAGUAAAGGAUAAUGCGCUAGGCCUCACACUGCGUGUGCUACUAUCGAUUAAGUCGUCCCAAAUCGAUGCCGCCAUCGAAUCACUGGAUGAUCCGGAAUUGUGCGACGUACUUAUGAAGUACAUUUACCGCGGGUUCGAAAUUCCCUCCGAAGGAUCGAGUGGCCAUUUGCUAACCUGGCACGAGAAAGUAUUUGCUAAAGGUGGCGUAGGAAGUAUCGUGCGAGUGCUAUCGGAUAGUGCCCGAGCAUAA